AUGGGUAAAGCAUCGAAACAAACAAAGAAGUUUCAAAAUAAGCAUUUGAAGCAUACAAUAGAACAACGUAAGAAAGUUCAGGCACAUAACAAGAAAAUUGCUUCCAGAAAAAAGGGUGGUAGUUCAGAAAGCAAUGCACCAAAGCGUGCCGAUGGAAAAGCUAAGGAAGUCUUUGAGGAUAUGUCAGUAGACGAUUUUUUUGAAGGUGGGUUUGAAGUUCCUAAAGAAAAAAACAAAAGCAAGAACAAGAACAAGAACAAGCAAGAUACAAUGGAAGAAAACGAAGAAGACUCAUCUUCUGAAGAGGAAGAUGAAGAAGCAAUGAAGGAAAACUUGAAAAAAUUAGAGGCAGAAGAUCCAGAAUUUUACAAAUACUUGAAAGACAAUGACAAUGAUUUAUUAGAUUUUGAAGCCGUCAAUCCUUUAGAUGCCAUAAGUGAUGACGAGGAUGAUGACGAAGGGGACAAAGAGGAAGAAAAAGAAGAAAAAGAAGUUCCUAGUGAUGACGAUGAUUCUGAUGAAGAACCAACUUUAGGAAGAACUAAAGGAACUAAAAUUGAAAUAACCAAACUGUUAGUUAAAAAGUGGAAUCAGCAAUUAGACAAGCCAACUCCUAAGAUAAUAAGAAAUAUACUUAUUGCUUUCAAAGCAGCCGUUAAUAUCCACAACUCGGAUUCCGAAGAUUAUAAAUUUUCUAUAACAGACCCUAAAGCAUUUUCUGAAUUGAUGUUAUUAGUCUUGAAAAAAGUUCCCAUUUCUAUCCAAAAGUUGGUUAAAUACAAAACUAAUGCCCAAGGAGUUAGAACUAUUCCUCAAAAGAACCAAUAUGCCACUCAAAUAGCAGCAAUUUUGAAAUCCCAUGCAGGUUCAUUCAUUACUUUAUUAAAUGAUAUCACCAAUACUGAAACUGCUGCUUUGAUUUUAGCUUCUAUCUAUGAAGUAUUCCCCUUUUAUUUGUCACACAGAAGAUUAUUAAAACAAAUAUUGAGUGCAGUUGUAAAUGUUUGGUCCAGCACCUCAGAUAUUGAUACGCAGAUUUCUACGUUUGCCUUUUUGAACAAUGUUUCUAGAGAGUAUCCUAAAUCAGUCUUAGAAACAGUUUUGAAAUUAACUUACUCGUCUUUCUUACAGAAUUGCAGAAAAACAAAUGUUCAUACAAUGGCCCAGAUUAAUUUUUGUAAGAAUUCAGCUGUGGAAUUGUUUGGGAUUAAUGAAACUUUGGGUUACCAAGUUGGCUUUGAAUAUGUUAGACAAUUGGCCAUUCAUUUACGUAACAGUAUUAAUGCUACUUCAAAUGCGAAAGAAGGAUACAAAACUAUAUACAAUUGGCAGUACUGUCACUCAUUGGAUUUUUGGUCUAGAGUUUUGUCUCAACAUUGUAACCCAGAGAAAGAGUUGCAAAAUCAUAAAUCAAAAGAGUCUCCAUUGAGGCAAUUAAUUUAUCCAUUAGUACAGGUCACUUUAGGUGCAAUUAGAUUGAUCCCUACAGCUCAAUUCUUCCCAUUAAGGUUUUAUUUAAUCAGAUCCUUGAUCAGAUUAUCUCAAUCUACUGGAGUGUUUAUUCCUUUAUUCCCGUUGAUUUCAGAAAUCUUAUCAUCUACAGCGAUAACCAAAGCACCAAGAGCUUCUACUUUGCAAGCUGUUGAUUUUGAACACAAUAUUAAAGUUAAUCAAGCCUAUUUGGGAACUAGAGUUUAUCAAGAUGGGUUAUGCGAGCAAUUCAUAGAGUUAUCGGGUGAAUUUUUUGGUUUGUAUACAAAGAGUAUCGCCUUUCCAGAGUUGGUAACACCAGCUGUAUUAGAAUUGAGAAGAUUUGUGAAGAAAUCAAAAAAUGUAAAGUUCAACAAACAAUUGCAACAGUUGAUAGAAAAAUUGAAUGCAAAUGCUGUUUUUAUUACAGGUAAAAGAUCCAAUGUUGAAUAUGGACCAUCAAAUAAAGCAGAAGUGCAACAAUUUUUGAAUGACUUUGAAUGGGAAAAAACACCUUUGGGUCAAUAUGUUAAUGUUCAAAGACAGAUGAAAGCUGAGAGAUUAAGGAUUUUGAAGGAAGCCCAAGAAGAGGAAGCAAGAGCUCAAGCCGAACAAAAGAAGAAAGAAGAGGAAGAGGAGGAAAAAGAGGAUGAAGACAUUGAAAUGGAAGUGGAAGAUGAUGAGUAG